CCCACUUUACAGCCCUGCCCGCCUGACGUAAUUGGCAGAAACGUCGUAUUUUUGUUUAUGUGAGACCCCGGUCCCCGCCCCUCAUAAAGUGAGUGGCCAUCUGCUUCUCCAAUGACCACCUCUAGUUGCGGAAAUUAGUAUCUCCUUAUCGGAAUCCCUCCCAAGCCCUGUUGGAAUUCAUCUGUUGCUGACCACAGAAGACUAAGGCAUUUCAUCAAAAUUCCCCGUUUCUCCGGGCACACACAAAAUGAAUCGGUCCGAACCGAUUCCCAUACGUCGGGACCGCUCUUUUGACAGUGUGAUCAACCGCCUGCUCCGGAUGAGGUCCCAGAACCAUGAAAGCUUUCGCGCUGCCAUGUACAAUUUCCUGAUCGCCGCCGGAGUGGCUGCAUUUGUUGCUGUGUGCUUCAUUCUUGGGCCCUUCGUCCGUCCAUUGCUAUGGGCUUUCCUCAUGGGCGCGGUGCUUUUCCCAUUCAAGCGACGUUUGGCGGAGAGCGUAAACAGUUGGUUUCAUCGCUUAGAGGUGCGCGAUUCCAAUGUACUCGUCUCGAUCUGCCUAUCGCCGCUGGAAGCCACAGAGCAUUGCGGGCGGCUGCUGAUCGGGUGGCUCUGCGAACACUGGCAACUCCUCCUGGCCGGAUGCGGAGUGGCCGGGUGCAUUAAGCUGCUGGUUCUAUAUGCUCCGAAGGGUUUUCUGUUGGCCCUCUGGCAUUGGAUCACCUUUUCCCAUGGCUUGUUCGUCCAAAUUAUUGGAUUUCUCAACGUAUACGUGCUCAUUUCCUUGAUUGUGGUCUAUUUGAGCUGCGUUCACUUCUUCUGGAAGCCAGAGAACAGUGCCCACUUUGUGGUCGCCGGACAGUCCAUGUGGAUAGCUGUGGCAGGCUAUCUAAGUAGCUUUCUUGGCGCCCUUCAGGUGCCGGUAUUUCUACUGGUUAUGGCCUAUGUAACAGCAUCUACGGCAUAUCAUCUGCAAACCCUUGAUGAUUCCGGAUCCUAUCUCCACCGCCUACAGAAGUUGUUCGACAAGAAUGAUUUUGAACGGUCAUUAAGCAAUUUUAGCAUUUGUGGGAGGCCAAGCAAUGAGCCACUGAGUCCAGGCCUGCAGUCGGAUGUGGAGGACAUAUCGUUAAGUGACACUGUCGACUCGACGGACACGUUCGAUGUCAAGCCAGGAACGGAGACUUCCAGUCACCAGAGCGAUACGUUCUUUAAGCUCCUGUUUUAUGCCUGUCUGGGUACAUUCCUCUAUCGCAACGUGUGGAUGUUUAUCCUAGCGGCAAUCCCAGUAUUACUGCAUCUUAUCUACACUGUAGGAGCGUAUACGGGUAUUACCCAGUUUGCUUGCAACAAAAUCAGCGAAGUUUACGCAGCGCUGCGUUACUGGGCAAUCGAACACCAUUCUGCGGUACUGCCACUAUGUCUGCCUGGUGUCCUGGAACUCAACUAUAAAAUCAACACUAUUGUGCGGGAUUCACUAAAGGCCUCCGUUGAAUCAGUUACCUCCAUCCUAAUGAUCAUCCUCAUGCUUCUCAUCAUCGUGUUUCUAAGCGUGUUCUUCUGCGUGAACAUUUACUCGGAGACGAUUGAGGUGGCUUACCUGGGCAAGGAUUUAAUUAACAAGACGAUCACAGAUCGGCCUGAGCUAAUUGACAUCUUGCCUGCCAACAUGCAAUCGUCCAUCGAGGAUGCUCUAGAUAACGCACACCAUUAUGGUCGCCGUAAGAUUGAAACCUACAUAGACGACUGGCUGGCAGACGCCGAUAAGGUGCACGCCACCAAGUUGAAAGAGCAGAUCCUCGAAGUGUGGGACCGGCUUAUCCAGUAUUGGAUCGAUUUCAAUAAGGCCGGUUCAUCGUACGGACCGCGUGUACCAACGGAUGCGCUGAAAAGCACAUUUGGCGAAAUCGUCGACAAUCCUGGACAUUUUAAAGAGCUAGUUUUAGUGGCAAAACAGGGCAUUAUCGGCUGGGCGCAGAGCAAUACACAGACGAUCCUUGAGGUAGCAGAGUCGUUGUGGCACAUCAUCCGGACCAACAUGUCUAUGAUAAUGGGCGUGACCGGGGAGAUUCUAUCACUUGUGCUAUCGGGUGGACAAGCGUGCAUUGAGUUUAUUUUAGAUAUGAUUGUAUUCUUUACUGCCCUGUUCUACCUGCUAUCGAGCAGCCAGGAAAAGUACGCGCCCCUACAGAUCACCAAGUACCUGGGCUAUUCCAGUUCGGGCAUCAAAAUCGCCGAUGCCCUGGAGAACUCUAUUACCGUAGUCCUAGUCUCAAUGUUCAGGUGCUCUACCUUUACGGGCUUGUUCACCUGGUUGGUGCAUACUGUUUUUGGGGCCCGGAUAGUGUUCCUGCCGUCCGCCUUGGCAGCUAUGUUGGCUGCUGCUCCAUUCUUAGGCAGCUACUGGUGUGCGGUGCCAGCCUUUUUAGAGCUUUGGCUGGCUCAGGACCGCUUCUAUGCAGGGCUUAUAUUGUUCCUGCUUCAGUUCUUCGUGCCGUCAUCUUUUGAAACUGCUAUAUAUGCGGACCUCAAAGGUGGUGGUCAUCCCUACCUCAACGGCCUGGCCAUUGCAGGCGGAAUGUAUUGGAUCGGUUGGCAAGGAGCUAUUUUUGGACCCCUGAUGCUUUGCUUCUUCAUCGGUCUGUUCGAGGUGGCCACUCUAGCCAUGCGCAGUCAUCAAGAGCCCAGGAAUAGUACGGAUGAGGAGCGGACCACGUGAGUUGGCUUGGGCCAGAAACUACGAAUUUCUUUUUAAUACUCGAACUGCGAACUAAUAUAAGCUGUGUGGCCAAAUACCUGACAAUCAAAAUGAGAUUGGCCCGAAUAUCGUACCCUAGAUUUUGGCUGGAGUUUCCUUACAUAAUCUCUGCUUUGCGAAAUUUGAUUUUUAUUAGUACUAAACUUUUUAAGUAUUGAAUAUUCCGUCUAUUCAGCAAGCGCUCCUUAAUAUCUCUUCUAUCGAUCUUAAUGUUCUAAUAUACAAAAUGUACCUCGAAUUGUUUGUAGUCGUGUAACAUUUCCAAAGCCUUUAAGUACCGAUAUCGUGCUCGCUACUAAUUGCUUACUGUACAAUUGUGAUUUGUUUAAACUUAGAUACAAAAGUGCUGCAAAUAUAUUUCUGUACUAAAUAACCUCUCCUGAA